AUGAAAAAAAUGUUAUACAUUGUAGUAAUAUUUCAACUUUCUAAUUAUUUCCAGCAAGAAGAUGAUGAGACUAGAACUAGUGAGGUAAAGUAAUAUCUUGCAUACAAUAUACAAAGGUUUAAAAAUUCAAAUCAUUUUCAAUCACAGGCUUAAAAUCAAUCAUUUCGGAAUUGGUGCAGAAAAAUGCUCCUUCUUAAGGAUAAAUUAGCAGCUGGGACUGACAAAGCUACAAUAGUGCAUGUGUGAAUCCCAGAUGCAGGGUUUUGAACCCAGCACUUUUCUUUUGUAAGAAAUUAACCUGACAAUAUUAUCAUUGUUUAAUCCAUCUUAGCCUGUCCCAGACAUUCAGAUAUAUAGUCGGAAGGGCGGGCGAAGUUGGGCAUGGACUAAAAAUUGAUGAGGGAAAAAAGCCCCAGUCUCUCCUCCUUUUUGUUUCCCCUCAUGUUUCUUUUGCAUUUGUUGCUUACAAUCUAACUUGCUCCCCACUAUCUAAACGCUUGGACAGGUUAGAUCAUAUAAAUAACAUGAGUUUCUUUCUUUCUUUUUUUUAAAGAUGGAAGAAGAUAUGAGUAAAGAGGUAAGUAAAAUAUUUGUAGAUUCAUUUUUAAAACUAGGAACUCAAUUUUUCAUUUAAGAAUCUAGAAUGGGCAUGGAAAGCUGUAUUUCAAAUAAAAGUGCGGACUAAUAAUAAUUUUUAGAAGAAUUAGGGUAGUUUUAUUCCAGUGAGCUUGCCUGUAGAACUAUCUGCUCUCUUUAAAAAAAUGUUCUCUGAGUAGGAACUCUCUCAAAACCGCAAGAAUAUUAGAAUGUUAUACUUUUUUUUUCCUUUCCAGCGGGCUGUAAGAGAGGCAAGGCACAAUAGGGUGUUCAACAAAGACAAAAGUGGUUGGCAUGUUAUUGUGAAAAUGCUGAAUGGUGAGCGCAUUAGUAGAAAAUAUAGAAAAUACAGGACGGUACUGUUACAUGUUACUCUGCCUCCUGACAAAUCAAUCCACCAUGUAUGUAUGUUGUAUGACCAUCAUUUCAACUUAAAAGAGAUGGAUUCUUUUAAUUGCCUUAAAAAAAACCUUCUAUUGAGAUAAAUUACUAAAAUACUUUUUUGCUUUUUUUUUUAUAGGCAGUCUAUGACUCGGUUGGCUACCCGGAUGGCCGGCCCCUCUUUUUUACCCUGCAUGGAGGGGGAGGGGUGAAAAAACCAGAGGACCCUGUUGAAGGACACUGUUUCCUCCACUUACAGGAGCGAGUGAGUACAUUAAUAUUAAACAAUGAAUCGAGACAAUCGUGA